AUGGACAAGGGAAAUCGCAGGGGGCGAGGCCGCGCCGCUAGAAUUCAGCGCGAUGAUAUUGACGUUCAGUCCCUGUCUUCGCAAAUGACGGAUCUUGAUGUCCGCUCAGAGUACGAUGCUCCACCCAGAUCAUCAGGUCGAGGACGAGGAAGAGGAGCGCGAAUGACUGAGUCUUCGACAAUCGAUACAAUGACCAGCAGCGAAAGCGCCAGCUACCAGAAACGUUCGUCGAGCAGUGGCAACCACACACCACAAGACAGCACUUCUGGCUCUAGAGAAAGUGGAAAAACCAUGAAAUCUACGGACAGCGAAGGGACGGAAAAAGGCUAUCUGCGAGAGCAGAAAAGAGGAAUGCAGGUGCUGGAAAUGGUCCCAAAGAAUGCUGGAGGAACUAAAGGUGCGAGAAUCCAAGUCGCUUCGAAUUACUAUAAAACGAGCAUCGCCCAUCAGCAGUUGAAGCUGUUUGAAUACCGCUUCGAAAGUGGAUACGAAAAAGACAAGAACGAACAUGGGAAGAAAGUAAGCCUCGAAGAAUCGAUGGCUUUCUUCAGCGAGUGGCUCAAAGUCGUCGAAGGAAAUUCACCACCCGGCUCGUCAUCUUCCAGCUCGAGUUCAAGCGAUCAUACAGUUCCUCCUCGCUGCUAUUUCGACGGCCGAAAUAAGGUUUAUUCUUUCGAAUACAUAAGCGAUGGAGAAACGAUGGUUCCCUUCCGCUGGCAGAAACACAGAGGCGAAUUUGCGGCGAAAUUGACCUGCACGAACGACCUUUCGCAAAUCUGGGAACUCUCCAUGCAUCGCCUCGAGAAGGGCGUAGCGAUCGACCCGAUCAUCAUGCACGUGAAAGAAACCAUCAUCAAGCACAAAUUUGCGCUCGGCCACAUCAAAGUCGGCAGCACCUACUACCCAGAACUUACGGAAGCGAAUUACAACUCGAUUCCAAAAUUCGAUAUCGCACCGGGAAAAAUCGCCUGGAAAGGCCUGAACGUCACGGUGAAAAACACAAUGGGCGGACUUUCAAUUCAAGCAAAAACGAAAGCCGCGGUCUUUUACAAGCCAUGUCACGUUCUGGACUUUAUUGCAGAUAUGACACAAGAAGUGCAUGUGGACAGGGAAGACGUCUGGGCGAAUCCGCGAUUCUUCAACACAGCUCUUACAGCGCUCAAAGGUCUCCUGAUCAACAUCAAAUCCCCAGCUGGAAUGAGAACCCGAAAAGUAAUGGACAUUUCUCGAGAGAACGCGGUGAUGUUGCGCUUCAAAGUUCGUCACGACGAUGGAUCAGAAUACAGCCAAAACGUGGCCGAUUACUACAGAAACAAGUACGGUCCGCUUCGAUUUCCAAAACUACCGUGCAUCAACACUGCUGGCAAAAACGCCCGGCCAGAGUACUAUCCCAUUGAGUUCUGCCACAUCAUGGGCCGUCAACCUGUCAAGGGAAAGCUUGCUGAUCGCGAAGUGGCGGCUAUGAUCAAGUUUUCUUCCCAACCGGCGCCUGACACAUUUAGAGAAAUUGGCAACGCGAUGAACGAGAAACGAGCGCUCUUCGAACAAGACUUCAAAAUCGCCGGAUUAAAGGUCGACGAGAAAAUGGUGCGAACCGACGCCCGAGUUUUAGAUGCGCCAGAGCUUCAUUACGGAAAUGGCACUGCUCAAAUUCGUAAUGGAAGCUGGAACCCGCUCUGCUUCGUAAAACCGGCCCAGGCAAAGAGAUGGACGGCCAUGUACAUGAAUGUCCAGCACUUCAACCCGACGAACAAGAUCUGGGAUUUCUCCGAACUGCUUCGCAGAAAUGCCGCUGAGCUUGGAAUGCGCGACUUCGGGCACUGCGACCAUGUCAAUAGUGUCAACCCCGGCGACAUCUACGAUUACCUAAACUGGGCGAAAGGCGAAGGAUACGACUUCGUUCUAUGCGUAAUCGACAAGAAAUUCUCCGAGUAUUAUUCGAAGAUCAAAGCAUAUGCGGAGAGAACUUUUGAUUUGCUCACCCAGUGCUUGGUGCUGAAAAAUCUCGAGCGCGCGAACGGCCAGCUCUGCAAAAUGCUCCUGGCGAAGAUCAACGCCAAGUUGGGCGGUUACUCCUGUUACGUCGACCUAAAACUCGCCGUUGAACCCGAAAGCCAGAGGCUUUUCGAGGUGCCGGUGAUGAUUCAAGCCCUGGACAUCAACAAGCCCCAAAUGGAUGGUGUCACAAUCGCCACUCUUGCUUCGAGCUUUGACGAAAACGCCACUUCCUUCAACAUGGUGGCUAGGACGACCUCGGAGCCGAACUUCGCCACGAAGUUGGAAGAAAUGGAAUCCGCCGCGCUCGUCAAUUUUUACAAGCUCACCCGUGAAAAGCCCCAAGCCAUCAUUUUCUUCCGCCCGGGAGUCAACGAAGCCGACAUGGCGCAAGUCAUGACGCUCGAGGUGAAAGCGAUUCAAAAUGCUUGCAGGGAACUUGAAGAUGAUUACUGCCCGAAAAUAACGUACAUCGUUGCGUCGAAGAUGCACAACACCCGAUUUGGAUCAAUGAAUCCCGAUCUACAAAUCGGGAAAGGAAAGAAUCUCCCAGCUGGUACCGUCGUCGAUACUGAAAUCACGAGCAGUGACAAGUUCGACUUCUACCUUCAAUCCUCCAUGGGCAUUCAGGGCACGAGCAUCCCGACCCACUACUACUUCCUGUACGAUGAGAACAAGCUCAACGCUGAUUCAGCCCAGGGUCUGUGCUACUACCUCUGCCACGGAUUCGCGCGCUGUAACCGAACGAUUUCCAUGCCAAACGCGAUGAAAUACGCCCAGCUCGCUUCUGCCCGCGCUCGGAACUGGUGCAAAGAAGUUCCAGCUGCCAACCCGCGCGAGUACGAAGAAAGAAUCGACAACAUGCUCGAUACCAAAUACCUCAUCGACAGAAACGGGAACAAGCCCGAGAAGAAGCAGAAGUCCACCCUCUACCAGAGUUGCUUCUUCUUUUAG